GCAGAAGGGUCUGACACAGCCGCUGACUAAAGAUCAGGCUCGUCGGCAUUGUAAAUCAUUUAAAAUCUGUCCAGCAAGUGGCAGCGUGUGUUCAGGGAUCAGUCAUGAUCAUGCUGCAGAAUAAGUAGAAGAAGACAAGGGGGAGGGAUGCAUGGGCGAUGUUCUGUCCAGUGGAGUAGCUUGUAGUUAGUGCAUUCGAACGAGUAGUGAUGGAGAAACCAAAACAAUUAAUCCGUGACGAUGCACACGCACGAAAAUGCAGGGUGGUGAGGACACAGUCUUGACAUAGAUGGCUAACACAUAGUGAAAGUAGCAAGUUUCGCUGAAGCCAAUGACAUCUUUUAACGUUCUCAAUGGUCAUGCUUAUUAUGUAAAAGAAAUAAGCUGGAGUCUGUUAAAACUUAAAAACAAUACUGUGUGCUUACUGAAGCAUGAAAUCCAACUAUGAACUGAGGAAAUAGACAUUGUCGAACCAUUUCUAAUUGUAAAGCAGCCCUCGGGACAUCAUGUACAUGCACUUGUAUGUUCUUGUUAACAUUCUUCACAUAUCUGAAUGAAAGGGAAAAUGAGAUUAAAAAUACAAAUCACAUGUUUUUAUACAUUCUCAGAAAUGUGUUUAGUGAUGUGGUAGAUGUCUUCUGCUGAAUGGUAAGGUACAGCAGCAUUCAGCCUACAUGUCCAGUGUUACCAAAACAAUGGCGCAUGCUUUAUUGGUGCUUGAUUUUUUUCCAUCAAGCCUUUUCUGGUACAAUGAGACAACUGUGCAGCGGGGGGGCGGCAAAUGUCACCGUUUUUUAUGGUCUUCCCUCACUAGAACUCCUGACUUGCAUUCUAAUGCCCCACUGGACUUCGGUUUUAAUAUAAGGCAACUGUGUGUUUAUGCAGUAUUAAAAAAAAAACACAACUAAACUCCACCUAAAAACUAGGUGAGGGAGCAGCUCAUUGACAUUUUCUAUUUGUGUGUCUGUCAGGUAUGUAUUCUUUCUGGACCCGUGCAACAUUGACGUCAUAAACAGGAAGAUGAAGAGCGUUGCUUUGUGUGUCUCCAAAUGUCCUGCGACUGAACUGAAGACCUAUUUCGAUUUAAAGCAGUUUGCACUGACUAAUGGAUCUGCCCUCUGCACAUAUGAUAUCAAUCCAGCAAGAUACCCGGGCAACUCUGAUCGAUUUACUAAAUGUCCCAAGCUCCCUGUUCCAGCAAGUAAAUCGGUGCCACUGUUCCGCCGUUGCAUACCAGCGGACAUCAGCUGCUAUGCGGAAUUGGCCCUCUCCUUUUUCACAUUCAUUAGUGACAACAAUGUUUUCCGCCGAGUCGUCGCUGGAGUGAUGGCCAGCAAGGACAUCAUUAUGGGACUUUGUGUGCUGUCCUUAGUUCUUUCCCUGAUCAUGAUGGUCGUCAUCCGUUACAUCUCCAAAGUGCUGGUGUGGAUUCUCACUAUUCUGGUUGUCAUUGGCACUCUAGGAGGAACAGGCGUCCUCUGGUGGCUGUAUGCGGACCAUAGGAACGCCCUCAAAACCAACACCGCCUCUGUCUUUGGGAAAGAAGUAGCGGCUGAUAAUGUGAAGGCGCUUCUCGUGUAUGCCAUUUGUGCUACUGUUUUCAUGGUGGUUCUCCUGCUGAUCAUGGUCUUCUUGAGGAAGCGCGUGGCACUCACGAUUUCUCUGUUCCACGUGGCUGGAAAAGUGUUCAUCCACAUUCCCUUGCUGGUCCUGCAGCCUUUCUGGACCUUUCUCUGCCUGAUGCUCUUCUGGGUCUAUUGGCUGGCCGUCUUUCUCCUCCUCGGACUUUCAGGAAGCCCGGUGAAAAACAACUCCACAAAUAUGGUGGAGUAUCCGAUGAAUGGACCCGCUCAGUACUUGGUCUGGUAUCACGCAGUGGGUCUCAUCUGGAUCAGUGAGUUCAUCCUCGCCUUUCAACAGAUGACCAUCGCUGGUGCUGUGGUCACCUACUACUUCACACGGAAUAAAUCGAACAUGCCAUCCACUCCUAUCUUGUCCGCAACGGUUCGUACCCUCCGCUACCAUCUCGGUACUCUGGCCAAAGGCUCCUUCAUCAUCACGCUGGUCAAGAUUCCCCGUCUCAUCCUGACCUACAUCCACAGUCAACUCAAAGGAAAAGAGAAUGCGUGUGCUCGCUGCAUGCUAAAAACAUGCGUGUGCUGCUUAUGGUGUUUGGAAAAGUGCCUGGCAUACUUGAAUCAGAAUGCUUAUACAGCCACAGCCAUCAACAGCACCAGUUUCUGCACAUCAGCUCGUGAUGCUUUCGUCAUCCUGGUGGAGAACGCCGUGCGAGUAGCGACCAUCAACACCGUGGGCGACUUUGUGCUCUUUUUGGGAAAGGUGCUCAUUGUGGCCUGCACGGCAUUCGCCGGCGUGCUGGCAUUGAACUACCAGCGCGAGUAUACCGUGUGGGUCCUUCCCCUCCUCAUCGUUUGCGUGUUUGCCUACAUGGUGGCCCACUGUUUCCUCUCGGUUUUCGAGAACGUGGUGGACGUGCUCUUCCUCUGCUUUGCUGUCGACAGCAAGUACAACGACGGCAGCGCCGGUCGGGAGUACUUCAUGGACAAGACCUUAAUGGAAUAUGUUGAGAAUAGUAAGAAAAGUGGCCGUUACAAGCCAGAGGAUGGAAGUGGACGAGAGAUGAAGCCUAUGACGUGAGAAGGGAUGCGAGAUUAAUGGAGAGAGUCAUAACCAAGGAAG